GUCGUCUGGUUCCUUCUUCACGUCUCUCGCCCGCUUGCCUUCCUCUCUUCUUAUUAGACACUCCUCUUCCCGCUGACGCCAAGGAACCGAGCGCAGAGUGGAAGAUUUCGAAUCCCAAUUGGUAAGUCUCGAUCUGGUCCUCGAGGACGCCGGAGAAGAUGUGGGCGCGGCCGCCGUAUGCGAAGGGCGGGGACGUGGAGUCCGGAGCCCAGCCGCUGUACCCUGCCAUGCUGGAGCGGCCGGAGCUACGGUGGGCGUUCAUCAGGAAGAUCUACUCCAUCCUGGUCGUUCAGAUGCUGCUCACCGUCGCCGUGGCCUCCGUCGUCGUCGCCGUGCGCCCCGUCUCCCAGUUCUUCGUCUCCUCCGGCGCCGGCCUCGGCCUCUACAUCUUCCUCAUCAUCCUCCCCUUCAUCGUGUUGUGCCCGCUUUACUACUAUUACCAGCACCACCCGUGGAAUUUUCUACUCCUCGGCGUCUUCACAGUCUCCAUAAGCUUCGCAGUUGGAUUGACAUGUGCCUUCACGAGCGGGAAGGUGAUCCUUGAAUCUGCUAUUCUCACAACUGUGGUGGUGGUGAGCCUCACCCUCUAUACCUUCUGGGCUGCUUCAAGAGGGCAUGACUUCAACUUCCUUGGUCCUUUCCUCUUUUCUGCAAUGUUAGCUCUAAUGGUGUUUGCCUUCAUCCAGCUCCUCUUUCCCAUGGGAAGGAUCUCUGUCAUGAUCUAUGGGGUCUUGGCUGCAAUCAUUUUCUGUGGUUACAUCAUCUACGACACCGAUAACCUGAUAAAGCGUUAUGCAUACGAUGAAUAUAUCUGGGCUGCUGUGGCACUCUACUUGGAUGUUAUUAACCUUUUCCUCUCUUUGCUCACUGUCUUUAGAGCUUCAGAUAGUUGAAAUACUUGUAGUUGAGGAUCGCACAUUAAAGAAAUGUGUUGCAUUGCUUGAAUAUUGUUGUUUCUACUGUUAGGAUGCUUUAUCAGUCGCAUACUGACUUCAGAAGAAUGUU